GGGGCUUCCUGAAGGCUGGGCAAGAGGGUGGGUGGGAAGAUGGCGGCCGCGGCGGCAGGUGGCCUGCCUGGGAAGGGGCACGAUAUCAGCCUGGCAGCCCUGCGGCGCCACGACCCCUACAUCAGUCGCAUCGUGGACGUGGCCAGCCAGGUGGCUCUGUACACUUUCGGCCAUCGGGCCAACGAGUGGGAGAAGACUGGCGUGGAAGGAACCUUAUUUGUUUACACAAGGUCUGCCUCUCCAAAGCAUGGAUUCACUAUUAUGAAUAGGCUCAGCAUGGAAAACAGAACAGAACCCAUUACUAAAGACCUGGACUUGCAGCUCCAGGACCCUUUCCUACUCUACAGAAAUGGCACACUGUCCAUUUAUGGAAUUUGGUUUUAUGAUAAGGAAGAGUGCCAGAGAAUUGCAAAACUAAUGAAAAACCUCACUCAGUGCGAACAGUUGAAAGCCUGUCAUGGAACUGGAGCUGGAUCCUCCACAGUGACCCUGAGUUCAGGAGAGGGCCAAGAAGUAGAUAUCCUGCAGAUGCUCACCAAGGCCAAGGAUGAGUACACCAAGUGUAAAACCUGUUCUGAGCCAAAACAGAUGACCAGUUCUUCUGCCAUCUGUGACAACCCUAAACUUAUCAAACCUGUCCCCGUGAGACCCAGCAGCAGCCAGAGGCUGCAAGAACCCACCCCCAGCAAGACCUUGGACCCUGAGCCUCAACAUUUAUCUUUGACAGCGCUAUUUGGGAAACAAGACAAAGCUCCUUGUCAGGAAACUGUGAAACCCUCCCAGACCUUUGCCCACCACCAUCACCAUCAACACCACCAGCAGCAGCAAGAGAAGCUUCCAGUUCAUCACGGAGCUGCAUGCUCCCUGUCCUGUGAGGAGCCCAGAAAGCUCUCACUUCCAGUAGAGAAGCAACUCUGCCCAGCCAUUCAGAAACUCAUGGUUGGGAGCACGGGGCUGCACUCCCUGCCUCAGCACCCUGAACAGUGGCCCUGGGAAAGUGGCAGCCCCAGUCCUGCAGCGGGAAUUGUUCCCGGUCCUGUCCAGCUGGGGUCCCCCUGGAAUGGUAGGGCUGCACACUGUACACAGAGCACUUGCAGAAGCCACAAGCUAUUAGAGCAUCUCCAAGGUGCCCCUGGGGCAGUGCAUAAGUAUAACUCCUGUGCACCCGCCAGUCCGGCUAUGGCCACUCCAGGCCAUAUGGUAGCUCCAGGCCAGAGUGUGGCCCAGUCACAGCUGGUGUAUUUCAGUGGCCCCCUUCCACCUCCCACACCAGGGCAUCAGGCUCUCAAGAAGGAGCAGGGUGCACUCCCAGCACAAGCAGUAUCAGUGUCUGGCAGCCAGGAGAGCAGUCCCACUGUGCUCCCUACUCAGGAGCUACUAAGAAAGCUCCAGGUAGUACAACAGGAGCAGCAGGCGGCCCCCCGGCCAGCCUUGGCAGCCAGGUUCCCUGUGUCAUCCCAGGGAUCAGGGACAGAAAAGCCUUUGGAAGCCUGGGUCAGCAAGACAGCCAACAUGGAGAAACAGGCUCCUCUUCUUCUGCAGGUGAACAAUACUAUGAAGACCAGGCAGGAACAAGUGUACCACCCACAAACUACCAGAGAAGGGAACACAGUGUAAUUGCUAGAAAUAGUGUAUCUUUCUGGGAGGAUAGUUGUCUGCACCCAUCAGCCACUGGUAUAGUGAGCCAGGAUCUGUUGACCAGCUGCCUGUAAUGGCAUCUGAAGGUCUGACCAGGUCUGUUUCCCUUGGAUUGCCACAGCGUGGCUGAAAACAUGCUGCCUUUAAAAAUUGGAAAGUUCCCCUUCUUAUUUUAUUUAUAUUUUAUUUUAUUUUAUUUUAUUUUAUUUUAUUUUAUUUAUUUAAAACUGUUGGUCUUGUUGACUUGCUUUAUCACAUAGCUCAGAGUAGGUCUUUAGAAAUCAUUCACGGUUUUUAAAACAAAGGCCUUGGGCAUACACUGUAUAUGUUUAGGUGUCUGGACAUGUCAGGGUGUUCUUUUUUAUUAAAUCCCAAAUGUGAGUGCCUUCUGUUGGAAGCUGAGGCUUUGUUCCCUCUCUCACUGUGAGGCAGUAUUGAUUCCCUUUUUAAAUGUCUGCUUUUCAUUUCUCUUUGUUGAUUUGGAAUCGGAAAAUCAGGGUUAAUAAUCAGACUUAAGUUUCUACAUAUACAAUUCUCUUUGUUUUCAGUUCUCACAAAUGCCAGGGACCAAAUAAGGAAAGUGUGCAUUCUGUCAGCCCACGCUGUGCUCUUCCUGCCACUGGGACUCCUCCCUUUGGGAGCAUCAGCCCUCAACACCUCUCCUUGGGAGAUGAAAUAGGGAGUGCUAAGAGAAACAACAGCCUGCCUUCCUCUAGGCCAUUUUCUGCCCCCAAAGAUGCCAAGGGAAUGAUGAUAAAAUUAUAGUGACUUCUAAACUGCUGCUUCUCCACUUCCUUCUCUUGAAUUUUAGAGUACUUUGAGGCUGAGAAAUAAGAUACCUUUUUGUUACCUGAGUUAGAGACACAUGGCAGCUGUAGGAGUCAGUCAGACCCAGGUCAGAAUGUCACUUGCGUAAUUGGGAAAGCCAUUUGAAAACUUGGUUUUAGACCUGCCAUCCAAGGGAUUAGAUAGACCAGCAGACAGAUGGGUCACAGUGUUCCACGCUCCAUGUGCUCAGACCUUGCUUUUUAUCUCAGGAUCUACCCUCACCCUCAUCCAUGACAGCCAGGAGAAGCCGAAGGCAUGCUCUCUGUAGAUAAGUAUAGAAGAAACACAAGGGGCAAAUGCACCAAUCCCAGUCCCUCCUAUGACAGGGGAGGUGUCUCCUUGAAGAGCCAGGGUUAGGAGCUGUGUGUGCAUCUGACAAGCAUGUGGGCAGUGGGACUUAGGUCAGGGCAGUGGAUAGCUAGUGCUCACUAAGGUAAGCCAGCACUCCUAAGUGCAUGCUGCCUAAAAACUAAACUCUUGCCCAGGGGCUUAGUUUCAUGCACAGAGGUCAUGACAUCAGCAGGUGGCUCCAGAGCUAUAUGUAACAACCUCUGAGGAAAGUACCGAGGGUAGAACAGGAAUAGACCUGCCGGCCUCCCCCCCCCACCCCCCAGCAUCAGGGGCUGUUUGUGCUGACCUCCCCACUACCACAUUGUGAACAUGGCCCUUCAUCUUGGGCGCUGUACUUUGUGGGUUGCUUCCUAACCCUGCCUUGUAUGUGUCUUUGCUGUGAGCAGACCGUCUCAUCUCAGUGUGUCCCUGCUGCAGUGGCUUCCCUGCUCAUGCCCCCUGUGGUUUUCACACAGUCUACCUGUGCCCCA